UCGCGCGCCUUCCGGGCCGGCGGCCCCGGGGCCGGCACCUCGCGGGAGCCCGCUCCCCGCGCGCAAGAUGGCUGACCCGGGGCCGGCGCCGGGCGAGGGCGAGGAGAGCACGGUGCGCUUCGCCCGCAAAGGCGCGCUCCGCCAGAAGAACGUGCACGAGGUGAAGAACCACAGGUUCACCGCCCGCUUCUUCAAGCAGCCCACCUUCUGCAGCCACUGCACCGACUUCAUCUGGGGAUUCGGGAAGCAGGGAUUCCAGUGUCAAGUUUGCUGCUUUGUUGUGCACAAACGGUGCCAUGAAUUUGUCACAUUCUCCUGCCCUGGAGCUGACAAGGGCCCAGCCUCUGAUGACCCCCGGAGCAAACACAAGUUCAAGAUCCACACCUACUCCAGCCCCACAUUUUGUGACCACUGCGGUUCACUGCUGUAUGGACUCAUCCACCAGGGCAUGAAAUGCGACACCUGCAUGAUGAACGUCCACAAGCGCUGCGUGAUGAACGUCCCCAGCCUCUGCGGCACUGACCACACGGAGCGCCGCGGCCGCAUCUACAUCCAGGCCCACAUCGACAGGGACGUCCUCAUCGUGGUCGUAAGAGAUGCGAAAAACCUGGUUCCCAUGGACCCCAAUGGCCUGUCGGAUCCCUAUGUAAAACUGAAACUGAUUCCUGAUCCCAAAAGUGAGAGCAAGCAGAAAACCAAAACCAUCAAGUGCUCCCUCAACCCUGAGUGGAACGAGACAUUUCGAUUUCAGCUGAAAGAGUCAGACAAAGACAGACGACUGUCCGUGGAGAUUUGGGAUUGGGAUCUGACCAGCAGGAAUGACUUCAUGGGGUCUUUGUCCUUCGGGAUUUCUGAGCUGCAGAAGGCUGGUGUUGAUGGAUGGUUUAAGUUACUGAGCCAGGAGGAAGGCGAGUACUUCAAUGUGCCUGUGCCGCCAGAAGGAAGCGAGGGCAAUGAAGAGCUUCGGCAGAAGUUUGAGAGGGCCAAGAUCGGCCAGGGAACCAAGACUCCAGAAGAAAAGACGACUAACACUGUCUCUAAAUUUGACAACAAUGGCAACCGGGACCGGAUGAAACUGACUGAUUUCAACUUUCUGAUGGUGCUGGGGAAGGGCAGCUUUGGCAAGGUCAUGCUGUCAGAGCGGAAGGGCACAGACGAGCUCUACGCCGUGAAGAUCCUGAAGAAGGAUGUGGUGAUCCAAGAUGACGACGUGGAGUGCACCAUGGUGGAGAAACGGGUGCUGGCCCUGCCUGGGAAGCCACCGUUCCUGACCCAGCUGCACUCCUGCUUCCAGACCAUGGACCGCUUGUACUUCGUGAUGGAGUAUGUGAACGGGGGCGACCUCAUGUACCACAUCCAGCAGGUUGGCCGGUUCAAGGAGCCCCAUGCUGUAUUUUACGCUGCAGAAAUUGCCAUCGGUCUGUUCUUCUUGCAGAGCAAGGGCAUCAUUUACCGGGACCUAAAACUUGACAAUGUGAUGCUGGACUCUGAGGGCCACAUCAAGAUCGCUGACUUUGGCAUGUGUAAGGAGAACAUCUGGGAUGGGGUGACCACCAAGACAUUCUGUGGCACUCCAGACUACAUUGCCCCUGAGAUAAUUGCGUACCAGCCCUAUGGGAAGUCUGUAGACUGGUGGGCAUUCGGAGUCCUGCUGUAUGAAAUGUUGGCCGGGCAGGCCCCAUUCGAGGGAGAAGAUGAAGAUGAACUUUUCCAGUCCAUCAUGGAGCACAAUGUGGCUUAUCCAAAGUCCAUGUCCAAGGAAGCCGUAGCCAUCUGCAAAGGGCUGAUGACCAAACACCCAGGCAAACGUCUGGGUUGUGGGCCUGAAGGCGAACGUGACAUCAAAGAGCACGCAUUUUUCCGGUAUAUUGAUUGGGAGAAACUUGAACGCAAGGAGAUCCAGCCUCCAUAUAAACCAAAAGCUUGUGGGCGAAAUGCUGAGAACUUCGACCGAUUUUUCACCCGCCACCCACCAGUCCUAACACCUCCUGACCAGGAAGUCAUCAGGAAUAUUGACCAGUCAGAAUUCGAAGGAUUUUCCUUUGUUAACUCUGAAUUUUUAAAACCUGAAGUCAAGAGCUAAGUAGAUGUGUAGAUCUCCGUCCUUCAUUUCUGUCAUUCAAGCUCAACAGCUGUUGUGGUGACUUCUUUUCUUUCAUUGCCAAGUUGCAUCCAUGUUUUGUUUUCUGAUGAGCCUAGAGUGACCAUGUUUCGGAACCCAAAUGUCCUCAGGUAGUUUGGAGCAUCUCUACGAGAUGGAAUUAUGCAGAUGACAUAUAGAAAAUACUGCUGCAUAAUUGAGACAUUAUCCAAGUCUUUGUGUUCUCAGCAUGUCGGCUAAGUCAACCCAAUGGGGAGAGAAAAUGCCUGCUUUCUUUCCCUCAUUUCCUGCACUGCUGUAUUCACCCCAUCGUCCAAUCUAGAUUCUUUCCUACAAAAUGGGUAGAUGAAUCAGACGCUAGCAGUAUUCUUCCCCUUCCAGGCUUGGAACUUGGCUUGUAUCCAGGUGUAUGCUUGCUUUGCCCUGAAGGGAAUCCCUCCACUCUGCCUGUUCUGGAGGCAGCAGAGCUUUGAAAAGAACAUGCUAAAAAUAAAAAUGUAUUUUUAUUUUUUUAACUCAAAGUUAAGAAGCUUAUCUAAGUCCUUCUAAAAUUUCAGCUGUGUUUUUAGACAGUUAUGAUCUAAAAACACUUCCAGGGGUCAGAAGACAACCAGCUUUGGUACUAACCCCACAACACACACACACUGAUUCCUGGUGUUAUAUGUUCCUGGUCACCCUUGUCCCCAAACUUCUCAAAGAGGGCAUUUGGUACCAUUCCCCAGAACAACAUGGUCACUCUAGAAGGUCCCCAAGGGCCAUGGUUUUACAUUACAUUUCAAACUUUAUUUGCUUUGGGGUUUUAUUUCUGUUGUUCAAAUGCAAAAAAAAAAAAAAAAAAAAAAAAAGAAGGUUCCUCACUUUGUUACAUGUGCUUUAAAAUAUAUGUCCAGAUGUUAUUAACCACAAUGACCUGCUUUGAUUCAUCCAAGAAGAUAGCUGUGGAUCCCAGGAGACUCAUACCUGUUGGGAGAUUAUUUGUGUAGGUUUGUCAAUGGCUUUGAAAAACUAAGUGCUCUGAGAAAGAGAGCAUCUCGUGGAACAAAGAUAGUUGUAUUCUUCACUUUGAUGUUGUUUUGCAAGAUGUUUCUGGAAAUGUUCAUUUGUAUCUGGAUAUCUGUUAUGUGCCAUUUUUCUUCUAGCAUCAAGAUACAAUAAAAAGAGAAAGGAAAGAAGAAAUGCUAUUUCAAGGAAAACUACUCCCUUUGAAAAAUGUGGACCCAAACUACAAAUUAGGGCCCAAGGAAGGAACUUGGGAGAAAAGAACUAAAUCCAGAGCUCCAAUUCAGCUCCAGUGUUCCACCAGAGAGAAGGGGGCUGUGGACUAUUCAGGGACUUCUGGUGGCCUGGAGCGAGGUGGAGUGGCCUGGCUGGGGUUCUGACACAUUUCUCACCAGAGUCAAGUUCAGAAGCCAGCUGGGAAUGGCUAGGCUCUUGAUUUUCUCAUCAAAAUCACUAGACCUCCCAGCUUGGACUAACUUAACUGUUCUUUCUAGUAAGCAACUCUGUGAGCUCCCAGAAGCCCGAGCAAAACCCUUGGGUGGGAGAAAUGUCACUGCUGUCUGAAUAGAUGGGAUGACAGGGGACUCCUCGUCCUUGGCUAUCGCUUCCUGGUAGUCUUAGUUAGCCCUGCAGAGAAUUCUUAUCACAGCUCAAGAGAUUCUCAGAAGCUUCAGGGCUCCUGAGAGAUCAUCAAGGGAACUUUAAAAACCUGGCAAAUAUGCUCAAAGACUUCUCAUCCCUUAGACAACAGUGCCUCUGGUUUCGGGUUGGGCAAAGUGCCUCGAAGUCUGCUCUUUUCUGCCCUCUCAUUUCACCUUGCGUCAGGCUUGCGGACCAUCCCCGUGGUUGCCAUUGAGGUAGCGAUCUGGACCGAAGGUGAACAAUAGUGAAAUCUUACCUGACAAUUAGGAGGCUAGAGGAGGAAGGGAAUCUGGACAAAACCCCUUCACUUGAUGAUUGGGGAAACUGGCAUCUGGAGAGGGGAAGAAACUUGCCCAUGCUCGGUUAUUUGCCAUCCAACCCCAGGUGUCCUGCCCCUUCGUGCAGGACUCUUCCUGCUCUGGAACAACAUGACUAGAACCUCUGAGCUAUGCCCACCACCUGGCCAGUUAUUGAGGUCCUUCACCCUUCCUGUUGGGUUGCCAGGCCUUUCAUGGGCAUGCUCUCAGGGUAAAAAUCAUGGAGAAACACUGGCUCAUUGACCAGUGGUUUGAGACAACCUUAGAACACAAUAUAGGAUGGAUAGAUAGAUAAGUAGGUAGAUAGAUACAAUAUAGUGGAGAUAUAUAUAUUAUAUGAUGCCAUAUAUAAUAUAUAUAUAUUGCACUCUAAAUUUUCCAAAUUCUUGCCAUUAUUUUUUUCAAGUUUCAUAGUUUGCAGAAAUAGAAACUCAAGCCAAAGUCUCUGCUCCCCUAGCGUACUUUGCUGAGGGCUGGUCAGAGAAGCCUUUUGCGGAAGUGAGGAAUCAUUAAUCAGACUUCCUGCUAUUUCCUUUCUAUCAACAUUUCCAGUACAGAAGAUAUCAAGAAACAGAGCUUUCAUCAUAUAUAACCUCUGAAGAAUACUUUACAGAUUUAUCAAGGAAGAAAAAAUUAGUUUUGCGGUCAUCCAUUUAUUCUACCUUCCAUGCAUUCAGCAAGCAUUUAUUGAGCACCAAGUGUGUGCCAGGCUGAAUGCCAGCAGAACAGUGAAAACUGAUCAAGAUGCAUCAUCCCCUUCCUGUGCUUCCCCCAGCAUAGCAUCUGGUAGAAGGCCAUUCAUUACACAAGAAGUUAGAAGCGUGACAUGGUCUGGAGAGAACAUCUCUGGGUCAGGCAGGAACAACUUCUUACAAAACGAAGUUUCCAAAUGGCUUUAGGUCUCCUCUUUCCCUCUGUAGGCCACAGGUUGAGGCUGAAGGACGAGGCCCAGCAGCAGCAUCUUGACCUGGAUUUCUGUGACAAUCAUUUAAUGUGAAGGGUGGGGAAGGAGAAAGGUAGGGUGGUGGAUGGGGUGGGCUCCUCUCCAGAAAUCAUGCUUGAACAGACCACAGAGUCACAAAGCUCUGAGCAGAGACAAAUACCUGUAUUGCCUCUCUACAAGGAGAGAGGGAACUGACUUUGCAGUUUGAAUCUGAGUCCUGUGUCCCAGCUCUCAGAGAAAAUCACUCAGAUUUCUGCAAUCAUGACCCUUUCUGGCCCUGCUGGCGACAGCACUUCCCUCCAACACAUUGCCCCUGACUAGACGAAGCAUGGUUCUUCUAGCUCACGUUAGACAGGCUGAAAUUUUCCAAAAGGAUUUGAAUCAGGAAACAAUUUUUUAAAGUAAAUAGGAAAAUCCAAAGAAAUCCAAACAAAGUCCUUGUUAACCACGGCUAAUUUUCUACUGGCAUCCAAGAAUCUCCCUUUUAAUGUCUUAGACUUCUCAUUGACCUGCUCCUCUUCUAAGAAAGAAUGGGGCCAUGGUCACGGUGACCCUCUUGGGGGACUAAUAGGAGUCCAGUGGGAUUAAUAACCCUAUUGAGAUACAUGUUGCUGUUCUCAUGUGGCUUCCGAUGCUAUUAACCCAAAAGGCAUUGUCCCAACAGAAUGGACCAUUCUCUCUGAAUUCCAGGGUAAAAUUCUGAAACAUUUGCUUAAAGGAUCUUCCCACGGGACCAAGUUUGUAAAGGCAACCCCCAUGCAAAUCAGGUGGCUUCCCAAAGCAUGAGUCAUCACCAGCACCACAAAUGGGAAGGGCUUUUCCAAAGCUGGGUUGGUGAGAAGAGAAUUUCAGCUGCAUGCCCUCAGGCGGGGAAGGGCAAAGUAGGCUCGCUGAUGUGGAAGAGGCCUGAAGGAGGCCUACGUCCUGGGCCCUCAGACAGUUCAGUUCUCACUGGGACACAAAAUGGCGGUGCCCACUUGGGAGACUCUUGAGACCAAUGGAACAAAUUCCAUGAUUCUGCUUCAGGGUGAGGUCUCUGGCUCAGAGGUGGAUAUGAGCUGGCAAAAGCCGAGAAGCUCACCCUCAGUCCCAUCUUUAUUCAUUCAUUCAACAAGUAAUUGUGAACAGCCCAGUGUGUAGCAGCUGAUGUUCUUGGCAUUGGAGAUAUAGUAAAGAAGCAAACAAGGACCCUGUCCUCCAAGAGAGAACAUAAAAUAAAACAUUUUCUGAAAGCAAUAGAUGUGAUGCAGACAAUGACAAGGGUGUUAAAGUAAGGGUGACAUCAGUGGAGGGAUGCACAGGAGUUGCUCAAGUGAGAGGAGGCGCUGGAGUUUUCCUCUGGACACAGGACGUGACACAUGGAGUACCUGGUUGUGGGCCCUCCCACAGCACAGCACAGCUAACCCCGGGCGGGACAUGACGAGGCCAGAUGGGGGACACGGUAGGGAUGGCCUAUCACCCGGAAACCGGUGCCACCAGCAUCCUUAGCCUGCCCCUCUCUGGCCGUGCUAACCCAGCUGUACUUCUGAUGCCAAAUUUGUCCCCUCAUUUGCAUGUCUUCGCUCACACACCCCAAGAGGAACUAGGGGACUCCAUAGAGACAUUUUGCCUGUGUCAAGGGAGCAGCCAAAAAGAAGCAGUUUUUGUGAAAAGCUUUGCAAAAAAGAAUGAGCCCCGCAGUAAGAAAUCCUUAUUCACCAGUCCUUUCAAAGGCCUAACCCUAACCCAUGCUAGAUUCUGCAAGCGUAGUUUCUUUUUAGACCAUGAGACUGGCCAAACUGAGCCAGCCGGUCCUUACUGACCUCCCUUCUAUAACUGUCUCCAGCCAGGCAACUUGCCUGUUGCCAGUGAAUCCCAGGCAUUGUCCUCGUUUGUUCCAUAAUAAAACAGCCAUCAGGCUGUCCAUCUAGCCAGAGGGACUCCAUGGUGAUGUGGUCAGGUUAAAACCACCAACUCACUCAGCAGUAGUGAACAGGGUCACUUUAUCUACCUGUGCUCCAGUUUUCUCGUAUGCCAAGAAUGGGGAAAUGAGGACUCCAGCUCUACCUGCCCUCAGGUAGGUGAGGUGAAGAUGGGAAGAGGUGAUAGGAGGACAGGGAACCUGGAGAUGUCAGAGCAUCAUGUGGAAGACCCAUUAGCCCACUCUCUGAUGAUCUCCAAUAAGACAUGCUUCAAAUUAUUCCAGUACCCUAGAAUUGUUAACACCCCUGAUGUGCACUUUAAAAAGACAAAGAAAGAGAUGCCAGAGUCACCAGGAGAAUUGAGUUACUUCGUUUUUUAGGGCUCCCCUCCCAGAUCUUCCUGUAAGCUUUGGGUUUUGUUUCAUACAAUGUGUUGACAAGACACAUUCUAUCAGCGUCUUUGAAGAGAACCUCCGGCCAAGGAAGACCCAGAUUGUAGUCUGUGGGUAGCUUUCUGAGCAGCCCUUCAAAACUGUGACUUCACCCAUGAGUGUGAGGUGGGCAGUGGUCAGCCUCUUCUGGACCAGUGGUGUGAUCCCUCGACAUGGCUAUUCGGCCUUCUGGGAGUCCUGCAACAUUUCUCCUUUCCCAAGGAGGCCUUCUAGCCACAGGGGCCGCUAUGAGUAGAUUUUCUCUGGGACAUUCUAUCUAAUAACUAACUCUAUGACACCAUGCAUGGUAAGAAGUAGUUUACCUAUUUAAUUUCAAAGUCAAAGAGAAGACACACACCACUUUAUGGCAACCCUUAAAGAAAGUCAAUGAUUUAUAUUCUUUUGUAGAAAACAUUCACCAAGUUUUCGAUCCUGAAACCAACGUACAAUGUGAAACGGAGCUCCUAUGUGCAAUGCAGCUGCUAAAAAUUGUCAGCAUGGGGCUCUUUCUGACUCUGCUAAUGAGAUGUCACUAGCCUUCCAAUAACUGGCAUGUCUUGGUCGUUUCCUUCUUAUGCUGUGUUAAUGUGUUUGCUUUCCAUUUGGCAGAGAGACAAGCGAGACACCUCCAACUUCGACAAAGAGUUCACCAGACAGCCUGUGGAACUGACUCCCACUGAUAAACUCUUCAUCAUGAACUUGGACCAAAAUGAAUUUGCUGGCUUCUCUUAUACUAACCCAGAGUUUGUCAUUAAUGUGUAGGUGAAUGGAAACUCCAUUGCUGAUCCUGGGGUGUGAAACCUCAGGCCAAGUGUAUGUAUCAAUUCUAGUCUUCCAGGGUUCAUGGUGCAUAUGCUGGCAUUCCACUUGUGGAGAGCUUGUCUUAGAGGGCUUUUCUUUGUAUGUGUAGCUUGCUAGUUUGUUUUCUACAUUUGAAAAUGUUUAGUUUAGAAUAAGCGCAUUAUUCAAUUAUAGAGGUAAAAUUUCCCAAACUUCCAGAAACUCAUCAAAUAAACCAACAAUAUCAAAACUACUGUGUCUGACACCAAAAUGCUUCAGUAUUUGUAAUUUUUAAAGUCAGAAGCUGAUGUUCCUGGUAAAAGUUUUUACAGUUAUUCUCUAAUAUCUUUUUUGAAUGCUAAGCAUGACUGGUAUUUUUUAAAGUUGUGAGUAAGCUUUGCAGUUACUGUGAACUAUUGUCUCUUGAAGGAAAAUUUUUUGUUUAAGAAUUGAUAUGAUUAAACUGAAUUAAUACAUGCAAA